UCAUAGCUGAUAUAAAAAGGCACCGCAAGCAAAGAAUGCACCGUUUACGGUAGUCUGUGAUUGCAGCAAAAGCUAUAUUUUUCGAUCCAUAGGUUCCGGUGAGAAUUGUCUAAACCAGUUUUAUGGCUCGACGCCGCAAAACAAAAUGUACUACUCAUGUGGCGCAGUCUACUAUGUAUAAUAUGCAGGUUUACGUUGAGAUAACCGUUUCUUUCGCACGGUAGCGCGUUAUUCUACAAAUAGUGAUUUCUUGUGGUUUAUAAUAAUUCUCGCCUCCAUGGAUUCUCCCUCCAUUAAGAUAGCGGUAAUUCAACCACCGGAUUCCACAGUAUCGCCAUGUAUCUGUACAGUAUUUGGCGUUGCCAUGCGCGACACGACAGUGGGAUUGUAUCAAAAGUGUGCGGUUUAAUGAGAAUGUGGGAAUGGAAAACGGCGCACGCUGCGAUGGAGACUCACCGUAAAUGGCGACCACGGAAGUUUUUGACGGCGAGCAAAGAGGAGAAAUUGACAAACAGCAUCAUCCCAAAGGAGGAUUCGGAUUGGCGUUUCGGCCUAUGGUGCUGCGGCUUCGUUUUGUAUCUGGCGCUCUAUCUCGCCGCUCCCCUGUUCUUACUCUUUCAUGCGGACUGGGCUAUCACUGCGACCGGGAAACCCUGUCAGCCGAAUACAAACGGCCUGAUUUCGUUUUCGGGAGGAACGAUAUCGGUCGACAAGAAUCCAGAGUUUCCUAAAAAGUUACCGGACAGGAUUUAUUUUCUGGGAAAAAGAAUAAUAGACCUUGAAUAUUUUCCAUCAAAGUCGCUGUUGAACGGCACCGAUGAGGAGCAGCUGAACAAUGACAUCCACCAACCGGCACGGCAAGAAGAUUUCAUGAGGAAGUGGUGCUUUCAGCUAGAAUGUAUGGAUAUGACGGAGCUCGGAUACUGUCCCCGCACUAACAUAACCGGAUGGGCGGAACCGGAGAUGCGACAGCGCGGCUAUCAAGCAGUCUUUCUUGCCGUCAUGUCGGUGAUAUUGCUGCUUGUGAUGAUAGCCACUCGACCUUUUAGCAACCACAACAAUGGGGAGGCUAGAUUUUUUCGCGUUGCCAUUCUCAUCGCCCACACCGUGGUUGUCGGAUUUACCAUCAAACUGUAUACUGAGUUCUUUCAAGAUUAUCCGUGGAACGCGUUUGCGCCCAAUAUCAGCCCUCCCCGUGAUCCGGCAUCCAAAUGGCCCUUUAUGUCUUAAAAGGACCUCCAAUUUCCUGAUUAUUUUGGUAGCCUUUCAAGCAUUCAAAAGUUUUACUUCAGAGUUUCAUAAAUUAACUCCCAUGCAGUUGGCAGAGUUCAGGUGUUGAUCAUGUUCUCCGUAAAACUGCAACUACAGUGCUCUAACACAAUUAUUAUCAUUAUCUCCCUGGGGCAGACAACCCAUUCUUGGAAUUCGACAAUACCAUUGAGCUUAUUUCAUUAGCGCUUACUGUGUUGGCAAAUUGCUUCGCUUAAACCGAACCUUAUGUAAUCACUUUGAGGAUUUUUCUCUUGCCCGAACUGAAUUUAAAUAGAUUUAAGCGGCAGAACAAAUGCAUAGAAUUUGACUUUCCACAAGGUUUUGGGGAUUCGAUAUCAUUUGAUAUGCGAUGAAGGGGCAUCCCCGAUAUAAUCUGUUUAAUAGCUGCAAGUGAAU